AUGCAGACGCAACUGGAAUCAUUGGCGAAUGAAACAUUGCUCGAUCUAUUCGAAUUCGUCUCACCAUUGGAUCUAUUUCGUGCCUUUUAUGGGCUCAAUUAUCGUUUGAAUACAUUAAUUCUCGGCCAUUUUCGAACAUAUCGUUUUGAUUUUCGUUCAAUAUCAAGAGAAGAUUUCGACGUAAUCUGUCGCGUUUAUUUUCCAUUAAUCAUUGAUCGAAUUAUUUAUCUUCGUCUCUCAGAUGAUGGCGAUACACCAAGACAAUCGUUUGAUUUUUUUGUUCGUAAUUUCAAUUUAAAUCGAUUUACAUAUUUGCAAUUUCUCACUUUCUAUUCUAUUGAUUCUCAUCCAAAACUCAAUGAAUUCUUUUUUAUCGAAAUACAUCAUCUUCAUUAUUUGACACAUCUCAAAUUUGUUGAUUGCCGUAUUGAAUGCGUCAACAAUGAAUAUUCAAUUAAGUUAAUUAAUCAACUUUGGAGUCUUUCCAAAUUAAUAUAUUGUUAUUGGGAUGUAAUGUUAUAUCGUAGUGAACCUUUUGCUAUUCCGACAAUUGUUUCAUCCUCAUUACAACAUCUCUAUAUUCAUCAUAUUACAUGGAAAUUCGAUAAAUUGGUUUGUCUAAUGGAAAAAACACCUUAUCUUCAAUAUUUUUCUACGACAGCCAAAUUUUCUUAUGGAAGUGAUGUUGAUGAUCAUGCUGAUAAAAUGCCGCCAUCAUCUAUGAAUUUAGCGAUGAAAAAACUUAAACUCUGUGGAAUUUCUUCACCACGAAUAAUGAUCAAUACUUUAUAUAGAAUGUCGAAUUUAUCUUAUUUAAAUAUUCAAACAUUUUGUAUUUAUCUCGAUGGACAUCAAUGGAAAGAGAUUAUUAUUAACUAUUUACCAAAAUUGAAAAUAUUUCGUUCAAUUAUGUCUUUUGAACUUGAUCAUAUAAUUAAUAAAGAAAAUCAAAUCGAUCAAUUACUCGAUACAUAUUGUACUUCAUUUUGGAUUGAAGAACAUCAAUGGUAUAUGGGAUGUCUUUGGAACAGUUCCAAUGAUGAUCGAUCGAUUUGUUUGUAUUCAUUACCAUUUCGUUUUCAAUAUUAUUCUAACAAAAUUUCUCAAGGUGAAUGUCGAACAAAAUCGACAUAUUUACCAAAUAUCAAAUAUUCUUAUGAUCAUGUUCGUAAUUUAAGUUAUAAUUCUUCUCUUUUUACAAAUACAGAAUUUUCAAAUGUUGAAUUAAAUCAUAUUGAAAACCUUGGUCUUACAUUACCAUUCGAUGAUCGAUUUUUGUCUGUAUUUCCAAAUUUUGAUAAUUUAUUAUCAUUAGGAUUAUGUCUUUCGGAUGAUUAUCCAUUUCAAUUGCAAUUAUUACUCGACAAAGCACCUCGUCUUGUUUCAUUAGAAUUUGAAUUAUGGUCCACAAAAGAAAUGCCUCCUUUCAAUCUGACAAAUGCAUCAAUUCGACGUCUUGACUUAGAAGGACAUGAUAAAUUACGUCGUCGUCAUUGUUUCAAUCAUCAACAAUGUAUAGCAUUGUGUAAUUCACCUUUAGGUAUUCAAUGUCAAGUACUUCGUAUUAAAGUCAACGAUUUAUUGAGCAUACUUGUACUUGUACAUACAAUGAUUAAUCUUCGAACAUUAUAUGUUCAAUAUGAACGUGAUUCACGAAGUCAUCAACCGGAUCUUGUCGACUUGUUACAACAUCAUGUACCGUCGACAGCGAUUGUAAAACGAAGAUGCUACGGACAAUUUGUUAUUCGAUUAUAA